GUGAUGUCGGCACAUGCACAAGCUGAGCGCGAGACAUUAGGCAGCACCGAGGCGCAUUCAUUCAAGUCGCGAAGGGCACAUCAAGACACACGUGUACUAUCGUGCACCGCGCGACUUCAUUGCACUCGACAAGACUCUUCGCCAGACUCGCCAGCCACGAGCGCGUGAUGGCUACAGCCACGAACGGCGAUGGUGCCGCAGAGAUCCUCGACAGCAUCAAGCCGCCCCAGGGAGUCGUCCUCCCCCCCAAAGAGUUCAGAACUGUUCUCGAAAAGACGGCAGGAUAUGUCGCCCGAAACGGUCUUGCAUUCGAAGAACGCAUCCGCGAGAAGGAAAAGAACAACCCGAAACUCAGCUUCCUGAAUCCUGCGGACCCCUACAACCCAUAUUAUCUCUGGCGACUAAGCGAGAUCAAGGAGGGACGAGGAAAUGCCAUCGCCGCCGGGCGCGCCGGCGAGGCCACCGCAGCAGCGGAAGAGGAGAAGCCGAAGGGACCUCCGAAGCCGCCGGACUUCCAAUUCUCAGCGCGCAUGCCCAACAUCAGCGCGCAAGACUUGGAUGUGGUGAAGCUCACAGCUUUGUUCGUCGCCAAGAAUGGGCGCCAGUUCAUGACGACUUUAUCCCAAAAAGAAGCUGGUAACUACCAGUUUGACUUUCUUCGGCCAAACCACAGUUUGCACAACUUCUUUCAACAUCUCAUCGAUCAAUACUCGCUGCUUCUACGGUCCGGAGGCGUUGACGGCGAAGGCGGCAAGGUCCAGCAACAGCUGGUGUCAGAACUUCAGCACAAUGUUGAAGACAGAUACCAUAUCCUGACUCGCGCGAAACAAAGAGCCGAGUGGCUGAAACACCAAGAGGGCGAGAAACAGAAGAAAGAGGAGGAGGAGGAAGCAGAGAAACUGUCCUAUGCCCAGAUCGACUGGCAUGAUUUUGUCGUCGUCGAGACGGUGGUCUUCACCGACGCUGACGACCAAGCGGCUCUACCACCCCCAACAUCACUAUCAGAGCUCCAGUAUGCUUCGCUCGAACAAAAGGGCAAGGCCUCCGUCAGUGCGAACCUGCGCAUCGAGGAGGCAUUCCCUUCAGAUGAAGACAGCCUCCACAACAACUAUGCCGCUCAACCCAACCACAAUCUUCCAUACCAUCCCGCCAGCGCGCCACAAGCACAAUAUCCCGUGCAAAACAUACCACAAGCACAAGCACCCUACCAGAUGGCACCUCCACCUCGACCACAUGACGCCCAGGAGGACGAAGAGAACCAACGCAUCCGAGAACGCGAAGAAGCCAGAAUACGCAUGCAGAUGGCGCAAGCCGAAGCCAAGGGUGGCGCGGCCCCGAUGAAGAUCAAGGAGAACUACGUGCCGAAGGCCGCCCAGCGCGCCGCGAACCGGCAAGGCGCGGGCCAGAUGGCGCUGUGCCCGAACUGCAAGCAGCAGAUCCCGCUCAACGAGCUCGAGGAGCACAUGCGCAUCGAGCUGCUGGACCCGUCGUGGAAGGAGCAAAAGGCCAAGGCGGAGCAGCGGUAUGCAACGACGAACCUGACGCACGCCGACAUGGCCAACAACCUGAAGCGCCUCGCCAGCAACCGCGUCGACAUCUUUGACGGCACCACCGGCCAGCCCAUCACCGAGGAGGAGGCGGCGCGCAGGAAACGCAUCGCGCUCAACAGCUACGACGGCAACCCGGAGGGCAGGAGCCAGGCGCACAUGAGCCACAUGCAGAAUGUCAAUGUGGACGAGCAGAUUGCGCGGAUCCACCAGCGGUUCGCGAGCAGAGACCAGGGACAAUGAGUCUUUGUAGCGUCAUUUCCUUGGUCCAAGGAGAGAAGGAUGUUUGCGUCGACAACGACGAGAGAGCCUGGCGCGCGUAGUAUCCGAUUUCUUGCGUAACAUGAGUGCACACAAGUGCAUUUAGUUCAUUCACCGAGCAUUUGGCGCAUCAUUAGUAGCACAAGAGUCUGGUUCAGUUUAGGGUCGGGAUGUACUACCAAGAAGGUCCUUGGACGUCUAGGGCUCAUCAUCAAAACCAAGAGGUAUAAGAGAUAGAUACCCACCUCAAGCGUUUUGGAAUAUGUCCAUAUUUUGGUUUUUAGGGAACAUUUUGUCACAAGUCAGCGCUUGCAAUCUAACAAC